AUGCUGCUGUUGCAGCUGCUGCUGCUGCUGGCGCUGCUGGUGGCCUUGGCGUUGGUGAUGUUGCACUGCAGCCGGAGAUCUGCUUGGAACAUUUGUGGAGUGAGGCUCUCGUCACUAGAGAUGCAGAGCCAGCAAGCAAAGUUUUCUUCACAACUGACUUUAGCCAUCAAAAGUUUUUUUGUUUUCACGUUAAGUCUUUUAAGGUGCUCAGAUGACUGCGCUGCUGAUUCCAGGUCUUCUAUUCACACUGAAUGCACCUCCAAUGAUUGCCAGGACAACAACAACGACAACGAUGACAAAGGCAACAAAAGCCACAAAGUCAUCAACAGCCACAACAACCAAAACAUCAACCAUCACUACCAUUGCUACUAUGAAUCUAGUCAACCAUUGCGCCAGUAA